AUGACUUCAGAUGAUAUCUCUUUUACUGAGAAUGAUUUCAGGGACGUUCAUUGGCUGCAAAAUGAUACCCUAGUGGUCCGAGCUAGGAUUGGCAACAUGAAGGUGCGAAGGGUCAUGGUGGACACAGGCAGCUCGAUAAACGUCAUGUACAAGGGACCUUUUGACCAGAUGAGACUAGGGGCAAACCAGCUGAUAGCCUCUUUAGAGCCGUUGUAUGGAUUGACUGGUGACGCAGUAAUCCUGAAAGGACGUAUAAAACUCUCGCUAAUAGUUGGGGAAUCAGGUCUCCAGGCCAUUGCAAUGGCGGAUUUCCUUAUCAUUGAUAGUCCCUCCGCAUAUAACGUCAUCAUGGGGAGACUUUCCAUGAACGACCUAGACCUAGUUGUCCCAACCAAGGCCUUGGCCAUCAAGUUCCCAACCCCCAAUGGGACCGGAUGUGUGAGGGGCGAGUAUCGGGGAGUCAGCCAUGACCUGGACCCGCGCGACGUGGAUUACAACCGAGCUGCCAGCCUGACAGACGAACUAGAAGAUGUUGCAAUCAGUAGCCAUGAUGAUGAAAGGCGCCUCCAGAUGGGCAAAUGUCUCUCCCUCGAGGUAAAAUCCCAGCUAAUUGAUUUCCUUAAAGCGAAUUUGGAUGUGUUCGCAGGGAACCACGAAGACAUGGUGGGAAUAGACCCAAACAUAAUGCAACAUCGACUCAAUAUCAAUCCUAACUAUAAGCUGGUUCGUCAGAAGAGAAGACUAAUGACGACUGAACGGUAUAUGGCCCUGAAAGAGGAGGUAGACAAGGUUCUGGCCAGCGGAUUUAUCAGCGAAGCUCAUUACCCGACCUGGGUGGCGAACCCAGUCCUGGUGAAGAAGAAGAAUGGGAAAUGGAGGACUUGCAUCGACUUCACGAACCCAAAAGACAGUUUCUCUCUGCCUAGAAUUGACCAGCUCGUAGAUGCAACGUAUGGCCACCAGCUUCUGAGCUUCAUGGAUGCCUAUUUGGGGUACAAUCAGAUCCCUAUGAACCCCGACGAGGAAGAGCAUACAUCGUUUAUGACGGAUCGGGGAUUAUAG